AUGGAAGAGAAAAGUAUAAUGCAUUAUAAUAGCUCUCAUAAAAUUUUACUAGUAGGAGAGGGAGAUUUCUCCUUCUCACUUUGCUUGGCUAGGGCAUUUGGUUCAGCUGUUAACAUGGUUGCUACAUCUUUGAAUGAUAAAGAUUUUCUAGCAAGAAAAUACAGAACUGCAUUAACAAACUUGAGAGAACUUAAGAGACUUGGUUGCACCGUCUUGCAUGAAGUGGAUGUUCUAAACAUGAAUCAACAUCCUUAUCUAAAGCUUCACAAAAAUUUUGAUCGGAUAAUCUUUAAUUUUCCUCAUUGUGGUAUUUUUCGACGUGAAACCGAAUUAUCGGUGAUUAGGCAACACCAACAAUUGGUGAGGGGGUUUUUAAGAAAUGCUAAGAACAUGCUUAAUCUUUAUGGUGAAAUUCAUAUUACUCACAAAACAACGUACCCUUAUAGUUGUUGGAAUUUCAAUAAUCUGGCAGAGAAAUGUGGAUUAUCAUUAAUUGAAGAGGUGGAGUUUUAUCAAUAUUGUUAUCCAGGUUAUGAAAACAAGAGGGGUGCUGGCUCCAAAUGCUACCAGAGUUUCCCUAUUGGAGAGUGCAGCACUUUCAAAUUUAAGUUUGAGAUUGAGUAUGAGUUUCAACGUACUUUAACGUUUAGAUAG